ACUCACCCGAACCACCCCCUUCGUGCAUCAUGACCACGAUCCUGGACGAUCAACUCCUGACAUACGGCGAUCGAUGCAUGGGGAAAGUGGUCUUGAUCACGGGGGCAGCGAGUGGCAUCGGGCGCGCAGCAGCGACACAGUUCGCAAAGUUGGGGGCAAAGAUAGUGAUUGGUGACAUUGAUCUUGCCGGCGCUCAGGAAACCGCCUCGCGAAUCAAGUCAGCAGGAGGCCAAGCGGUCGUCAAAGGCUGUGAUGUGUCAUCUUGGGAAGAUCAGACAGCCCUAUUUGAGCUCGCUAUCUCAACUUACGGCGCGGUCGAUAUCGUUAUUCCCAAUGCCGGGGUCAUUGAAAUGGGCCAGUACUUCGUCACUUCGAUGUCUUCCGGGCCCGACCCUCGUCCAUUGAAACCGAACUUGAAAACACUCGAGAUAAACCUGAUCGCUGUACUAUACACCGUCAAUUUAGCGCAGCAUUACCUGAAGAUCAAUCGGGCACCUCUCGAAGGAUUGAAGGCCAUAGUUCUGAUAGCAUCCAUUGCUUCUUGGAUUGCUUUGUUUGAGGGACCUAUCUACAGCGCCUCGAAGCACGGUGUCCUUGGCCUAAUGCGUGCCUUGGCUCCCCUCUAUGCCAAAGACAAUAUCCGGAUCUCGAGUAUUCAUCCAUGGUUUGCUGAUACAAAUAUAUUGAAUACACAACUCAAGGUCAUCCUCGCCGGCAUUCCAAUGACGCCUGUUGAACGUAUUGCAAACGCCAUCGUGUAUUCGGCGACAGAUCCCAGCCCGCUCACCAAUGGAUGUCCCUGGCUUUUGCCCGAUGAUGGACCAUUGCUCUUGCUGGAGCAGGAGGUGCUUCGCGAAGGAGUCUACGACAUGCUCAACAAGCGUGUGGCGAGGGUUAAAAGCAUAACUGAGAGCCUGUACCUGUGUACUGCUUUUGGUGCUGCUGUCGGACGUCUUCUUUUCAGACCUGUUAUGCUCUCCGCCGGUCUCGCCGGGAUGGCAUACGCAUGGCACCGGUAUGGGCGCCUUCUGCAAUGACGGACCGGGCUGCCCAGUAAUUUUCGUGCUCGAGGAUGGAAAAUGUCUAUAAGUACAUACUUAACAUGAACGUAUACUCCGCGAAUGAACUCGGAAGUAUGCUAAUGUGGUAGUCUCCC